AUGUCCUCCAAGCUUCUCAUCGCCGUCACUGGUAUCACCGGCCGUCAAGGCGGAGCCGUCGCUCGUGCCCUCCUCCAAGACGGCACCUACGACGUCCUCGGCGUCACCCGCGACCCCCAGAGCGAGCGCGCCAAGACCCUCGCCGACCAGCUCAAGAUCAAGAUGGUCAAGGCCGACAUGGCGGACGAGGGGUCUCUGCGUGCUGCCUUCCAGGGGUGCUACGGGGCGUUCCUCGUCACCGACUACUGGGCCAGCUGCGGCAUGGACCCUUUGGUAGAGCUGCAGCACAUCAAGAACCUCGGCAACGCCUGCAAGGCCGCGGGAGUGGAGCAUGUGGUGUUCUCAGCGCUGGAGGACACGAGGAAGAUCGUCAAGGAGGACAACCCCCUGCCCAAGCUCAAGGGCCUCUACGUGCCUCACUACGACAUGAAGGGCGAGGGGCUGGAGUGGAUGAGGGCGCAAGGCAUCCCCGCCACAGGCAUCUACACCAGCUUCUUCUACAGCAACUUCAUCGACUUCGGCAUGGGCCCCAAGCGAUACGUCCCCGACCAGCCCGCCGUCAUCACCUUCCCUCUGGGCACAGAGCCCUUCCCCAUGAACGACGUCGAGGACAUCGGGCGCUUCGCCGCCGCCGUCUUCAAGGACAAGAGCACCAUGGGCAAGACCCUCGGGGUGUCGAGCCAGACCAUGACGAUGGAGGAGGUGGCGAAGCUCUUCACGGAGACCCUGGGGAUCGAGGUCAGGUACAACAUGGUCUCUCGCGACGAGUACGCCAAGCUCCCCUUCCCCGGGGCCGACGACCUGGCCAACAUGUUCCAGCUCAACAGCGACUACAACAAGGAGUUCUGCAGCCUGCGGUCGUCGGAGGACGUGAAGAAGUACUUGCCGAGGGGGGUACCGCUGAGGGACUGGAUCAUGGAGCACAAGGAGGUGCUGCUGCAGCGGGUGUGA